AACAAACUUCGAUCACAACAAACCAUUUUAGCAGCUCUGGAGGAAUAAUUGUAAUUCGGCCCAUUCGGUCCAAAACUAUUGUUUGCGAUGGAUCUUUUCCAAAGUUGCCGUCGAGGUGACCUCGAUCGAGUCAGAUAUCUUGUGGAGAGCGGAGAAACAGAGUUGAAUCUUCGAGAUUGCUGGGACAGCACACCACUGUACUACGCUUGUCUCUGUGGACAUCAUGAGUUGGUGGAGUACCUCUUGCAAAACGGGGCCCGUUGUGCUCCGAACACAUUCGACGGAGAGCGUUGUUUGUAUGCGGCGUUGACGGACAAGAUCAGAAGCCUCCUCAAAAGCUACAAGGCUAUUACAUCUGAAUGUAUGAGAAGAGAUUCCUACAGGGAAUUUCUGAGAAGAUGUCUAGAGGACUCGCCGUACGCAGAUGUAUGCUUCAUAGUCCAUGGUGUUCCUCUACCUGCUCAUCGUUUGAUUUUGUCUGCACGCUCCUCGUAUUUCGCCAAGAUGUUUAUGAGUAAAUGGCGUGAUCGUCCUAUCAUCGAAUUGAAGAACAAACUGGUCAAACUGUGGGCUAUGCAGGCCAUUCUGCAAUACUUGUACACCGACCGAGUAUACAUCGAAAAAGAUAAAAUUGACGACUGCAUCCGACUAGCGAAACAAUGUAAACUGGAGGAUCUCAGGACACAGCUGGAAAUCAGACUAAACAGCAUUGAAUUAUUUGGAGUGUCCAAAACUAAUACUCGAAUAAUAACAGUAGUGAGCAUCGAACCGGAAUCCAGAUCUACAAGCUUGCAAGAUGCAUUCGCCCGUCUAGCGGAGUCUGCUUUACCCCCGGCGCUCGUGUCUCAGCAAUUCCCAAAGCAGUUUCCAUUUGAGAUAUCCUCCGAUGUUUUCGAUGUUUCAGUCGUUUGCGACGAACCGCCUGUGUACUCUGAUGUGUGUUUCAUCGUUGAGAAUCACAGAUUCUAUUGUCAUAAGGUGUUUUUCUGCGGAAGGAGCGACUAUUUUCGAGCGUUGUUAGACGGUCACUUUUCGGAAUCCACCUCGCCUGGCAAACAAUUAUUUAGUGCGUCUAUUCCUGAAGUUUACCUCAAUGAUGUAACACCAGACGUGUUUGCCGCUGUUGUAGCUUUCAUUUAUCAAGAUGAAGCUUUGGUAACUGAAGAAAAUGUUUACAGUGUACUUUGCUUUGCUGAUAUCUAUCUACUGAGUGGCUUGAAGCGCCUCUGUGCGCGUGUAAUUAGCGCGUUUCUCGACACAGAAAACGUUUUGACGGUUUUUAGGACGGCGCGUCUCUUCAACCUACCCAGACUUGAAGUAGACUGCUGUGAAUACAUGAGUAAACAUCUAGAAAUGUUUCUUGAUAACAAGGAAUUUCAUGCGCUGAUUCUGGAGGAUGCAUCUUCUGUUCGAGAUCGCCAACAGACGGACUCCAUCCCUGUUGUGGACGAUAUUCGCUUUCAUCUGUACAAAGGCGUUCUACCAAGCAUCACGUCAGAUGAAGAAGAAAGUGGACAAUUUGACAGUGAAACAAAACUGAAAAUGCUCAGUGAUCUAUUGAUUGAUCUCGGUAUCGAAUGCUAGACAUCAAUCCAUUGACAAAGCCGCAAUUUCCCUUUAAGUGUCUGCAGUUUUUCUUAAGAUGUAUUAGACAUAUGUCUAAUAUCAUUCGCAAGUCGCAAAAAGGAUUGGAUCAAUUUCAGUAGCUUUGCAACUGGGCACGUACUCUUCGCCUAAUCCAACAUUAACCAUGACCAGGAGCCCAUUACCCGGAGCUUCCAUCUUCCAUACUUACCCUCUGAGUCAACCUUUUCCCGUAUCUUUUUAUUUUUAGAAGCACCUCCCAUGGGGUUUUUCGCGGGUGUUUACAUAGUAGCCAAUCAUAAGAGAGCCGUGGUCCUCUAUUGUUUACGUUACAUGCAGAGAAGAAAUAGAGGUCAGCCUUCGCCUUUGGCCGCCAUUUUUGUAGGGUGUUAUGCGAACGUCAGCGUGUUUUCGCGGGAAAUUAAAGAACCCCUCCCCAAUAUCUCAGUUCUAAAAAUAGAAAGAUACGGGACAGGGUUGAUUCAAGGUUACAAUUGGUAUGGAAGCUCCGGGUAAUGGGCUCCUGCCCUGACUUAUUAUUAGUGGACUGUUGUUGGGUUAAGGGAGGCGUAGGUGCGCAGUUGCUCAGAUACUGAUAUUGAUCCGAAAGGUUUUUAAAGAACAAUUUAGAGUACAAUAAACCUAAGGGCGUAGUUAGGGAAGGGGGAGGGGUCCUGGAGUGCCCGUGACCCCCCUCCUUUUGUAAGUCUUUUGAGUAAAAAACAUAGUGUGGAGGUCGACAUGAAAAUCAGGUGAGUACCCUGUUUGACACCGUGUGACCCCCUCCCCCCCCAUUUGAAAAAUCCUGGCUCCGCCCCUGAAACCUUCAGUUCAAACCAAUAAUCUUGCUUCAAAUAACUCAGCCUUGGAUUGCUGACUAAAAGAUGUCCCGCAAUAAGAUUAAAUACAAAUGUGAGAUAAAAUGCCAUCAGCGAAUUCAAGCCUGAUAAAAUAGGUUGGAAAGGCUAUGCAUUUCCUCUAAGGUUCGAAAAUGGUAUCAUUUGCUUAUGUGCACGUGUUGAUGUAGAAAACAGGUUCGUCAUCGAGGGGCCAGCCAGGGGGUAACACAUGAUUUUCAGGGGGAACAGAUAGGGGGAGGGUCAGGCGUCGCUAACAGAGUAUAAAGGGGGGCGACUGUAGUAAACUGACUGCCAAUCAGAGGGGAACAUUAGAAUACUAUGGAGCCUUAGGGGAGGGGGGAGGAUCAGGUAAAUUAAAUUGUGACACAACCAAAAUCCUCCGACAAGUCCCUCUCUCUCUCCCCCCC